AUGUCUCUUUCGGACAAGAUUGAGCAAAUUAGCGGAUAUCGCUUUCGAGAUGAGCGUUUACUACAUGAGGCUAUGACAGCAGCAGGAGCUGAUGAAAACAAUCAUGACGGGAAUCGUCCUCUCGCCCAAGUGGGCAAAAGUUUUGUCGAACUAUGCUCAGUCAAGUUUGGUUACCUUAACCGUACAGAACGUGCCUUGAAGAUACAAAACAUCAAUAAUGAUCGCUGUGCACUCAUUGCAAAGGAGAUUGGAAUUGACCAGCAUUUGACCUAUUGUCCUCGCCACCAAGGCUACUCCAAGAAGGUUUUGAAUAUAGCUGUCAACGCCCUGAUUGGAGCAAUUAACAUUGAUUCAGACAGUGAGGAGGUCACAAUCACCGCUCUGCACCGCAUUGGGUGGUUCAGCUUUCCCUUAAACAAAGAACUAGGUCUGAAGACUGGGAGAAGUGGCAGCAAGUCCUCGAAGAAUCUAGCUGAGCCGAGGACGACGAAACCUCUAGAGAAUCAGACUUGCUCAGCGCGUCUAGACUCAAUGGAACGAGUCAAUGAAGGAAUUAGCGUAUCUUUGAGGCUUCUCCUAGAAUCAGAAACUCAACGAUGUGUGGCCCACCAGAUGAAGCCCCCUCAAGAGACUUAUUUUGGUGAAGCAGCACGGGCUGAGCUAUUAGCAGUUCAAACCGAAUUUCCAAAAGCUUCCUUGGAUCUGCUUACUUUGUUCUUCACCUUGGCGGGACCUCAAUCGAUUGUUGGCUUCCAGGAGAAUAUACUGGGUGCACUCGCAGCAUCCAACCCACUGGCUGAACUAUACUAUACCGAAGCACCUCCUCAACAGAGAUUCGCUAUUAUCCGGACGCUUGAGCAAAUUGAAUGCCACUACGAUAUCCUGAAGAACUACCACACUUGGCAGCUCUACCAGUCUUGUACUGGGCAGCACGAGAGCGGCAGGCUUCACAUCAUCUCCUAUGAGUCUCACCCAACCCGGCAAUCUGGCAACCCAAUAAAUUUGAGAGAAUCUAGAACAACUGAGAGGAUGGUAGCUCUGAUCUGUCCUGAAGCAGAGCCAAACUCAACAAUCUUUGAGUCAAACUACAACAAGUUCAAAUCAUUGCGUCGAAAGGGAAAGAGGUUACAAUCACUUAUUGACAUCUUUGGCCUGGGGAUUCUUGGAUUGAUGUAUUCUUCCCCGGGCCAUCAAAGCGGCUGUAUCCUGACCUUGUCACACUUUCUGUACGUCCGAGGCUCUGAUAUCCUUCCAUAUUUUUGCUAA